AUGUCUCGCCGCGACGACGACAUAUCGCCCAGCGUGACCCCAAGCGGCCUAGGCGGUACUGCAGAUCCAGAGGCAACUCACCACGCCUCGUUGGCGCCAUGGGCCGCUGUGCCCGCUAUGAACUUUUGCUUUGCGUUGGCCACGGGCCAAACCCGACCUCCAACAUCAUCAUCGCCAAACGUCCGUGAACAUGUGCAACAAGAGCCUGUAGCUCUCGGGGCCUCAAAGCAUUUGCUGAGCCGGACUAGGCUACCCAAAUCGGCGCCGCGCAUCGCUAGUCGAAGCCCUAUCGAGGCUGCUGAAGAAAAAUUCCCUGUCGGUCACGCGGAAACGGACAGCGAUCCGAAGCCAUCUCGAGAAAGCAGCAAGGCGACAAAAACCCGAUGGGACUGGGACCCAGCGCUGACCUGCAAAAGCCCAUUUGCUCGCUAUCACUCCAAUGCGCACUCGUUCCCGGAUUAUGUGGAACCAAAACGCAGCACUACCAUGGUUCCAGAACGGCUGAAACAAAUCAAUAGAGCGACCAGGCCAGUCGAUACGCUCAGCGGGAGACGACACGACUCUCUCAACGAUGCAGAUGCCCCAGCAAGCAAACGCCAGAAGAAGGAUAUCGUCCGAACGCACGACACGACAGCGAGCCCAUAUUUCCCCAGACCUAAGCCAUCGAAGAGUAGCGAUAUUCAAGAAACACACGUGGAGGGCUUGCACGACGAUAUAUAUGACAUUAGAAGUACUUCAAGCGCAGGAAACACAAGCCUAGGCGCUUUAGGAGGCUUGGACGAAUAUCGCCACUUACCGCCUAUCAGAGGAAAGAAUAAAGGGAGGCCCCGAAGGCGAAGCCAGAUUUUAUCGAACUCGGUUCACCAAACGCAGAGCGAUACUGUUGGCACCAAACUCGACGGGUACCAAGCUCUCGAUCCUCAAUCUCCGAACCGAAAUCGAUUACCUACGGAUAUAGACAGCCCGGAUGUCCUUGCAUCCGAACAACGACCAUCUACGGUAACAAAUGCAGGCUUUGUCACCUCUCGAUUCUUCAAAAGAGAUCGGCCGUAUCACCUUGCAGACAACAGUCGCCCCCAGAUUAAGCGCCAAAAGCCUUCGACAGUCAAAGAGUCUAUUGACGUCUCGGAAGACGAACUCCAGGCCGAUUUUGCAAAGUACACGGAAUCGAAUGACAGCAAAAACACGGCAUCAAGAACUCCCGCUCAUUUGAGCCACCAGAAAAAAUCUACAAUGCGAGGAGAUAUCCACCCUACGGUUUUCAAGACUUCAUCGCAACGACAGGCACGAUCUGACGACAUAGCCAUAAUCAGAGCGGUUUGUGGGAAACAUGUCUACGAGCGCGGUGACAAUACCGAUAUAGUGUUUUUGCGCCGAGAAGACAAGGAUGGCAGAAGGCUUGAAGCCAUAUUUGAGAAUGGCAGCGUCGCAAAAGAGCAUUCUUGGCUAGGCAUCGAUCUGGAUCAAGUUUCUUUUUUCGGAUAUUCUGAACCGUCAAGCCGCUAUGGGUAUAUAAUGCGUUCGAACAAGAAGGAUGCCGGUCCGAAGCUUUAUCUGGAAUUCGAAAGUAUUAACAAAACUAAGAAUUUCUGUGAACUUUUGAGAUCUGUAAAAGUUGACCGGAGGCACAUCGAAGAUCUAGAAAAGAAGGCUGAGAAGGCCUUUGAUGAAACGAAGACUUGGAUAUCUUCUAACACAACCUCUUCUAACACAGCAUCUUCUAACAUAGCCUCUAACGAGGACUGUAAGAAAAUAAGCCAGCUCUUUUCUACAGACGAGAACGAAAAGGUUAUCAUACCAAGAUCUUCUAGUCUGGAUCGACGUCCAUCAUCAGGUGGAAGACUAAAGGAUAUCCUAUUACAGUCAGCUCAAGAUGCAGAGACUUCUAAACCUCUCCGUCGACUAGAAGAAAAUGUCGGUCUCGACCAACGACGAUCCACGAGAUCAUCUGCUCCGGCUACGCGCCCCCGUCUGCCAUCUCCUGAUGCUUGGUCAAAAUCACAUCCGAACUGGGAAAAAUCAUGGCUAGCGCCGCUGAUAUUCCCUGAAACCGGCAAAAACAGAGCGACGGUGGAUAAAAUUGACAUUCCGAGGUUGAACGAGAGUGAAUUUCUAAACGACAAUCUCAUCAACUUUCAUAUUCGCCACCUUCAAUUUAGACUGGAGAAAGAAAGGCCCGAAUUACUACACAAAGUCUACUUCUUUAGUACCUUCUUCUUCGAGAAGCUGAAGUCUACAAAAGGCAAGAUAAACUACGACGGUGUCAAAGCUUGGACAGCCAGAGUAGAUUUGCUCUCUUAUGAUUACAUCUUCGUGCCUGUCAAUGAGCAUACUCACUGGUAUCUGGCCAUAAUUUGCAAUCUUCCUAACGCAGUUCGGGCCCCUUCUCCUGAAGAAAAAGACCCAAAAUCUUCGGAUGGCUCAGUCGAUAAUGCGAUGGAAAUGAUAGAUGCGUCCGAGUCUCCAAGAUUGGCAACAGUCGAAAGAGAUUUGACUGAUAUCUCAUUAGAAGACGUGGAGGCAGCGGCACAAAAAGACGCUGAUGGCUUCGUUCCACCUCAUCGUACAGCCACACCUUCCACACCGUCCUCACCCCCUAGAAAGCGGAAAUUUGCAGGGUCUACCCCGUCUAAAUUCGACCCUACGCAACCCAGAAUUAUCACUCUUGAUUCUCUUGGAAGCCCGCACGCUCCAACAAUCAAGGCGUUGAAAGAAUAUCUCGUUGAGGAAGCGAAGGCGAAGAAGGGCAUUACCUUGCAAACUAUUCCCACCGGCAUGACAGCCAGGGGUAUUCCAGAACAGAACAACUUUUGCGAUUGCGGAGUUUUUGUGCUAGGAUAUAUGGAAGAGUUCUUGAUAAACCCUGACGAGGCAGCUCGCAAGCUCUUCUCAAAAGAAGAGCUCGGCUGGAACAUUCGUCCAUCUGACCUGCGAAAUCAGAUGAGAGAGCUGCUAUUCAAACUUCAAGAUGAACAGCACAAACGACACCUGCAGCAGCGAGAGGAGAAGAAGCUCCUCAAAGCGAAGAGAAAGGCAAUGGCCGAAUCCAGCUCGCAAAUUUCCUCGCCGCCUAAGCCGGUAGCAUCUCCUUCUCCACCACUGAAAUUGCCCGGUUCUUUCCCCAGCGAGUCGCCGGAGAGGAAACCAAUGUCAGGGACUGAGCCCUCUUCAUCAAAAUCUAUACAAGAGGCUGAUACCUUAAAAGACAGUAACUUGAACGGCGAGACGUUGCAUGAAGAUGAGCAGAGGUUCAAAGCGCUCUCAGAGCCCCAGUUUAUCAGCUGCUUAUCAGAUGCGUCAGGCGCCAGCCCUACCAUCACGAAGGGCAAAAUUCCUCCUAUCGCUUCCUCCAAAGCGCCCGAAGAGCCACAACUCAUUGGCUGCUUAUCAGAGGGGGAAAGUGUCACCUCCAAUAUCCCAAACCCAAAGGGCAAAAUCCCCCCCAGCGAUUCUUCUUUAGCCUCCAAACGCAAUGGUUACUACGGUAAACUGGUCGUGGAGUUGAAAGCCGUCAACAAGAGCGAUAAAAGCCAGUUUGAAGAAUCUAUUCUGGACGAUGAUGAAGAUGACUCAGUCCAAUUUAUAAUGCAGCAAUCGAGCGCUUCAUCUGAGAAUAACGAGGCCACGUCAAAACCAAAAGAGACGAGUCGCAACCGACAGUCAUCUGUGGAGCUGGUUGGAGAGACAAGGAGUCGAUCAACGUCGUCCCAUAGGCAUGACCAACAGACUAAACCCUUCACCAGCACUUUAGCACGGUUAAAAGCGCGAAAAGACGUCAAAUCUAAUGAUACCCGAAGAGGGCCAAGAUACGAGGGCAUUGACAGGUCGGCGGCAAUAUCCUAG